GACUUUGACCAAAUAAAAAAUAUUCAGUUAUCCACAACACAUACUAGCUCCAAAAAGAAGCGAAAAAAUGCAUCUCUUAUUUGUCAUGAGAGGAGAAAUAUUCAGGGUAUUGUUCGGGCUCUUAGAGCUGAUUUCCCAGAAUUGCAUAUAAAAGAGUAUCAUGAUAAGUUAGACCCAAUAAAGAAAACUCAAGAUUUUAGAGAUGUAGAUAAUGCAUGGAAAAAUAUUGAUCUCAUUGCAUAUACCAGUAUGAUAGUUUUAGUAAUAGAACUAACUCCCAAACCUGAAGAUAAUACUAUAUUAUUAACUAAAACUGUAAAGGAAUAUUCUUCAGUUAUUAAAGCAGAGGAAAUUUCAGACCUUGCAAAUGCAAAUAUUAUUAAUCGUAAAAUAGCUGAGCAUCUAGAAAAUAAACCAAAGAAAACUUUAGAAGAAAUGCAAGCAUUAGACCAGCACUAUAUUGUAAAUUACUAUAAUAUAGCACCUAAGUCUUUGACUGAAGAAUUUAUCUCAGAGUUUGGAAAUUAUAAUCAUAUGCGCUGGUUUAAAGCUCUUCAGAAAUUAUGA